UGUCAGUUCUUUAGCCGGUGGUGGCAUGACCCUAGUCUUGCAGUUUUCAUAAACCCUAAACCCUAGAAGGAGUGAAGAGAAAGAGGGGGAGAAAAGAAAGGGUCGGGUAGCAUCGCAGAAGCCCCACAUCCCAAACCCUAACGGGGAUUUUGAAAGCACGAUGAGGCCACUGGACGAGAACGAGACUACAGCAGUGUUCGAGAAGCUCUUCAAAUUCACGGGCAACAAUCUCAAGAACAUCGUCGAAAACCCAUCACACGAAGGCCCUGAUCCUAACCCUGGCAGAUACUGCUUUCGUCUCCAGAAGAACCGAGUCUACUACGUGAGCGAGUCGCUGGUCAAGCGAGCCACCAAUAUUGGCCGAGCCCAGCUGGUCUCGCUAGGCACCUGCAUCGGCAAGUUCACCAAGGGCGGUAAAUUUCAUCUCACCGUCCAGUCGGUGAAUCUAUUAGCCGCAAAUGCCAAGCACAAGGUCUGGCUUAAACCCACAUCGGAGAUGUCGUUUUUGUACGGAAAUCAUGUUUUGAAAGGUGGACUGGGGAGGAUUACGGAGAACAUUGUGGCGGGUGAUGGGGUCGUGGUGUUUUCCAUGUCGGAUGUGCCUUUGGGGUUCGGGAUUGCAGCAAAGUCGACUCAGGAUUGUAGGAAGUUAGACCCUAACGGGAUUGUUGUGCUCCAUCAGGCGGAUAUUGGGGAGUAUUUGAGAAUGGAGGAUGAGCUUUGAUGGGGUUGCAUAGAUUGUUUAUGGGGAUUUUGGGGGUGUUUACUCAACUGAUGAUGAAGUCAGUGUUGAGGAGUUCAUGAGGAUGAUGAAGAGAACUACAUAUGGGUACUAGGACUUCAAUUUUAAACUCACUGUACGAUGUUCAGAGGCCCAUCCUAUGUAGCAAGAUUGGUUCUGGUCUGCUGUAUUAGUAGUGCGCCAUGGAUUUGUAGUAAGAAAAUGACAAUGUUGGCUUGGAUGAAUUAUGGAUAUGCACAACUUUUUAAACUUGUAAUAUUAUUCAACUUAUGUUGAUCAUAUGUAGAUAAAAUCCUUUCUUGUCUAUGGGAAUGAAAGUGCUUUUGAUUUUUUGCAAA